AUGCCUUUCAUAGACACUAGCGCCUCCACCUCUGCAGCCCCCACCAAUACAUCCUCAGACCAUGAAACCUUCAACAUUAUUACCAUCUCUUCCACUGAUGCUGGCACCUCCACCUCGGAAGAAACUGAGAACCAUGACGGUGGUCCCUCCACCUCGGAAGAAGCUGAGGACCCUGACGAAGGUCCCUCCACCGCUUCAGUAGCUGUGGACUCUGACGAAGGUCCCUCCACCGCUUCAGUAGCUGUGGACUCUGACGAAGGUCCCUCCACCGCUUCAGUAGCUGUGGACUCUGACGAAGGUGUCUCCACCACUGUAGUAGCUGUGGACUCUGACGAAGGUGUCUCCACCGCUCUAGUAGCUGUGGACUCUGAUGAAGGCCCCUCCACCUCGACUGUUGGUGAGGACACGUACAUAUUUCUUGUUCCUGUUGACCCUCCUACUCACUUGAGCUUAAACUCUUCCUCUAUCCCAACUCCUCCAAUACCACAACCAAAAAAGAGGAAGAGAGGUUGCCGGAAAUGCGCCAACCAAAAAGUCUUUCUGUACAACACAUUGAUUGACCGUAGAAUGAUGCAGGGGAGGGAGGAGGUGAUGGUAGACUGGCUCCCUUGCACCACCUGUGGAAAGACCUGGGAGCCAACAUGGGAGCCUGCCAUGAACUUCAUUUAAUGUGGAUUUUAAUGUGGCUUUUUUUUACUCCGAUG